GUCAGAUGUCAAAUGAUAUCAGAUAAAAACAAAAAUAUUUUUACAAAAUUUGCAAUGAAUUUGUUCAGAUUAACUCAAUUUUACUUAAUCAUUCCAUAAGAGAACUUGUGUUUUAAAGAAUUAAUAGUCGUCAAAUAGUAAUAUCAAAUAUGAGCAGCGUACCAGACAACGCGCCGCAACAUUGCCCUGGAACUCAAAGCGAGGAUGCUGGUAAAGCUUCAGCCUGUGCUGGAUGCCCUAAUCAAAACAUUUGCGCAUCUGGAGAAGCAUCUCAACCUGACCCCGCAGUAGAACUGAUAAAACAACGUCUCUCCAAUGUAAAGCACAAAAUUCUGAUCUUGUCCGGUAAAGGGGGGGUCGGAAAAAGUACUGUGACAUCACUAAUUGGGCACGGUCUUGCAUCAAUGAGUCCUGAUAUAAACGUAGGUAUACUCGAUGCCGACAUCUGCGGCCCGAGCCAGCCGCGAGUGCUGGGCGUCCGCGGAGAGCAGGUCCACAACUCCGGCUCGGGGUGGUCCCCUGUUUACGUUACGGAUAACUUGUCGCUGAUGUCGAUCGGGUUCCUGUUGGGCAGUCCCGACGACGCCGUCAUAUGGAGGGGACCAAAGAAGAACGGUAUGAUCAAGCAGUUCCUGAGCGAAGUGGACUGGGGAGACUUGGACUACUUGCUCAUAGAUACGCCUCCCGGUACGUCGGACGAACACCUGUCCGCGGUGCAGUACCUGGCGCAGGCGCAGGUGUCGGGCGCGCUGCUGGUCACCACGCCGCAGGAACUCUCGCUGCUCGACGUUCGCAAAGAGAUUGACUUCUGUCGCAAAGUCGGGCUCAGGGUGCUCGGGGUCGUCGAGAACAUGUCGCUGUUCGUGUGCCCCAACUGCAAGAGUCGCAGCGAGAUCUUCCCGGCGACGUCUGGCGGGGCGGCCGCCAUGUGCCGCGAGCUGCGCGUGCCGCUGCUGGGCGCGCUGCCGCUCGAGCCGCGACUGGCGCGCGCCUGCGACUCCGGCGAGCUGCCGCUGUCCGCGCCCGCCGCCGCCGCGCCCGCCGCCAACACGCACGACGCGCUGCGAGAGAUCCUCGACAAAAUCGUAGCAGCCUGUGAGAACUCCUCGAACUAAGCAACAAAAGUAACUUGCGCUUAAGUUCCCGUUCGUUAAAUUUGUUUCAAAUACCAUGGACCAUAUACCCAAUUAUAAUAAAGUAAAUAUAAGUAGUUACUGUA